CGCAGCGCAGCAGCAGACGACGUCGCGGACGGCUGGCUGCCAUGGCGGUUUAUCCCCUUUAAGGAGGCGGCGGGCGAAGCGGGUGUGUGUUUGCGUGUGGCAAUUGUCUGCUGAUGGAAAUAAUUCCUCAGCUCCCCACACCAUACACACAAAAAAAAACAAAGACCUUCCUCGUCGCCCUUUCACGCAAACGGAUCACCCUGAAUAUUGAAUUAUGAGGUGCUUUUGUUGCAAUCUCCGGCGUUCCUGGUUUGCUGCGCUCUUAUUAGGAUUUUUAAACCCCCCCCCCCCCCCCCCCCCAUCCAGCUGCUCUUGAAACACACAUGGUGCAUUGUUGUCCUUCCCUAUAUCUGUUCACCAGUACUGUUCAGUAACCUUCAGCAAGUGGAUUAACGACCUCUAGGAUAAAUAUAGUUUAUCUAGGCCCACUGUACUGCAACCAUGGAACCCCGCAUGGAGUAUUUCUUGACACAGGUGCUGCAGAAAGACAUGGGGCGUCGCCUGCAAAUUGCUCAAGAGCUCAUAGAAUACAUCACAGAUCGACAGAAGUCCUCUGAUCUUGAACAUGAUCAAUCAGUGCUUGAUCGAAUGAUUGAUGGACUUGGAACUGGUUGGGUAAACUCCAGUAACUUUAAGGUUGCUUUAUUUGGUAUCGAAAUUUUAUCAACCCUCAUUUCACGCCUUCAGGAUCAUUUUAAAACCCAUAUUGGAACAGUGUUACCCAGUUUAAUGGACCGAUUAGGAGAUGCUAAGGAUCAAGUGCGAGAACAAGAUCAGAGCCUUUUAUUGAAGAUCAUGGAGCUGUCUGCUACCCCACAGUUUGUUUGGGAACGAAUGUUGGGAGGAUUUAAACACAAAAAUUUCCGAACCAGAGAAGGAAUUUGCCUUUGCCUUAUUAGUACGUUAAACGCCUAUGGAGCUCAUAGUUUAACUCUGAGCAAAAUCGUACCCCAUAUUUGUAAUUUAUUAGGAGAUCCCAACAGUCAGGUCCGUGAUGCAGCAAUAAAUAGUUUAGUAGAAAUUUACAAACAUGUAGGAGAACGGGUCCGAGCAGAUCUUCAUAAAAAGGGGCUACCACAGUCAAGGUUGAAUGUAAUUUUUGCAAAAUUCGAUGAAGUUCAGAAAUCUGGAAAUAUGGUUCUUCCUUCUGCAACUGAUAAAAAUUUUGACGAUGAAGAAUCUGUGGAUGGUAACAGGCCCUCAUCGGCCAGCUCCACUUCUUCAAAAGCCCAAGUUUCACGACGUCCUAUUGUUGCGAGUACAAGUCGUAGACCGGCUUCAUCUGCAGCUAGCUGGAAAAAUACAACAGGCAAGGAGGCGGCGGGUGCUGUCGACGAGGACGAUUUUAUCCGAGCAUUUGAGGAGGUUCCGGUGGUUCAGAUUUUUUCAAACAGAGAUCUUGAAGAAUCCAUCAACAAAAUUAGGGAAGUUUUAUCAGAUGAUAAGCAUGACUGGGAACAGAGAGUUACUGCUCUUAAGAAGGUCAGGUCUCUAAUAAUGGGUGGAGCAACAGAACAUGAAUCUUUCUUUCAACAUCUGCGGCUUUUAGACGGUGCAUUCAAAUUAUCAGCAAAAGACCUACGAUCUCAAGUUGUGCGUGAAGCCUGUAUAACAUUAGGGUAUCUCUCAUCCGUUCUGGGAAAUCGUUUUGAUCAUGGUGCAGAAGCCAUUUUGCCAACACUUUUCAACCUUGUUCCUAAUAGUGCCAAAAUUAUAGCCACAUCUGGAAUAGCAGCUAUCAAAUUAAUUAUUCGACAUACCCACUUCCAUAGAUUAAUACCAGUUAUCUCAAGCAACUGUGCAUCAAAGUCUGUGGCAGUACGGAGGCGUUCAUUUGUAUUUUUGGAAAAGUUGCUGCUGGAUUGGCAAACACACUCAUUAGAAAAACAUUCAUCACUAAUGGUUGAAACUAUAAAGAAGGGUGUCCAUGAUGCUGAUUCAGAAGUAAGAAUAGCAGCCCGAAAAGUGUAUUGGAAUUUUCACAGCCAUUUCAGUAGAGAAGCUGAAGUUUUGUUCAAUUCAUUGGAACCUUCCUACCAGAAGCCGCUACAGUCCCACUUGAAAAAUUCAGACAGCAUUGUUUCGUUGCCUCAGUCUGAUCGCUCGUCAUCUAGUUCUCAAGAAAGUCUAAAUCGUCCCCUGUCCACAAAGCGAAGUCCAACUGGGAGCACAGUAUCACGAGCUUCUACAGUUAGUGGAAAACCUGUAUCAACCACGGGUGCUCUGCAACGCUCUCGCAGUGACGUUGAUGUGAACGCAGCCGCUAAUGCCAAGUCACGUUUAACUGCAACUCCAAGCAACGCACCUGGACAUUUUAGCGCGGCUGCAGCUUUACCUCCAGGAUCCUACGCUUCCCUAGGUCGGGUACGCUCUAGACGUCAAAGUGCUGGGAGUGCCACCAGUGUUGCCAGCACACCCGCUGAUACCAGAGGUCGUAGCAGAGCUAAAGUAGUUUCUCAGUCCCAACGAUCCAGAUCAGCUAACCCUGCUGGCGCUGGAAGUAGAUCUAGUUCACCUGGUAAGCUCCUCUGCAGCACUUACUCCGGCAUGAGCGGUGGACCUCCGAGAGUUUCAGUUGCACCACAAGCAUCCGAGAAGCGCAGCAAGAUCCCUCGCAGUCAGGGGUGUAGCAGGGAAGCCAGCCCCAACAGAUUGGGGUUAGCACGGAGCAGCCGUAUCCCUCGACCAAGCAUGAGUCAGGGAUGCAGCCGCGAUACGAGCCGUGACAGCAGUCGAGAUACAAGUCCUGUUAGGGGCUUUGCUCCACUUGCCUCACGUCGACACUCGAGGUCCACCAGCGCACUCUCCACUGCUGAUUCUCUUGGCCACCCAGAUCGAUAUGGGCUUGGACAGGCUGGGCGGUUACCUGCCACUGCAAUGAGAGUACUGAAUACAAGCACAGAAGUGGAAGCUGCAGUUGCAGAUGCCUUGCUGUUAGGAGACUCCAGAAAUAAGAAAAAACCUAUCAGGAGGCGAUACGAGCCAUAUGGUAUAUACUCUGAUGAUGAUGCCAAUAGCGAUGCUUCUAGCGCUUGUUCAGAACGAUCUUAUGGCUCCAGAAAUGGAGGUAUUCCACACUACAUGCGUCAAACAGAAGAUGUGGCCGAGGUCUUGAAUCACUGUGCCAGCUCAAAUUGGUCUGAAAGGAAGGAAGGACUUGUAGGCCUUCAAAAUCUAUUAAAAAGUCAGAGAACCUUAAGCCGUGUUGAAUUGAAGCGUUUGUGGGAAAUCUUCACUCGUAUGUUUGCAGAUCCUCAUAGCAAGAGAGUAUUCAGCAUGUUUUUGGAGACUCUGGUAGAUUUCAUCAUAAUCCAUAAAGAAGAUCUACAGGACUGGCUGUUUGUGCUCCUGACUCAGCUUUUAAAGAAAAUGGGGGCUGAUUUGUUAGGUUCUGUGCAGGCAAAGGUUCAGAAGGCACUAGAUGUCACAAGAGAGUCUUUCCCAUUUGAUCAACAAUUCAAUAUUCUUAUGCGCUUUAUUGUGGAUCAAACACAAACGCCUAACCUUAAGGUUAAAGUUGCUAUCUUGAAGUAUAUUGAGAGGCUGGCGAGACAGAUGGACCCAGCAGAUUUUGUUAAUUCCAGUGAGACCCGCCUUGCUGUAUCCCGAAUCAUAACCUGGACAACUGAACCAAAGAGCUCUGAUGUGAGAAAGGCUGCGCAGGUCGUGUUGAUUUCUCUGUUUGAGCUGAACACUCCUGAGUUCACUAUGUUACUUGGUGCCUUGCCAAAAACCUUCCAAGAUGGUGCCACCAAGCUCCUACACAAUCAUUUGAAGAACUCCAGCAACACUAGUGUGAGUUCGCCCAGCAACACAAUGGGGCGCACACCUUCACGGCACUCCAGCAGUCGAACAAGUCCUCUUACUUCUCCUACAAAUUGUUCGCAUGGUGGUCUAUCCCCAAGUCGAUUCUGGGGUUGGAGUGCUGAUGGGCUGUCAAAGCAUCCCCACACCCCUUCUCAACCUCACUCCACCCCCACAGUUCCUACUCACAAGAACUUCAGGCGUUCUUACUCGCCCAGCAUGUUGGACUAUGACACAGAAAACCUUAACUCCGAUGAAAUUUAUAGCUCUCUUCGAGGGGUCACACAAGCCAUCCAGAAUUUUAGUUUCCGCAGUCAAGAGGAUUUGAAUGAACCAAUUAAACGAGAUGGAAAGAAAGACUGUGAUGGUAUAUUGCGAGAUGGAGGAAUUGCGUCUCCAUCGUCUGACAUUCGUGGAGGUGGUGAACCCAUGGAAGGAGGAAGAACAGCUCUUGACAACAAGACAUCUUUGCUCAAUACUCCACCACCGCGAUCUUUCUCCGGGCCUCGGACUCGAGAAUAUAAUCCCUAUAAUUAUUCUGAUACAAUCAAUGCAUUUGACAAGACGGCACUGAAAGAAGCUAUGUUUGAUGAUGAUAUGGAACAGUUCCGUGAUGUGCCCAUUGACCAUUCAGAUUUAGUUGCUGAUCUACUGAAAGAACUUUCCAAUCAUAAUGAGCGAGUGGAAGAGAGGAAGGCAGCUUUGUUGGAACUCUUAAAGAUAACUAGAGAAGAUUCUCUGGGGGUGUGGGAUGAACACUUCAAGACGAUUUUACUUUUGCUUCUAGAGACUCUGGGAGACAAGGAUCACUCCAUUAGAGCACUAGCCUUAAGAGUUCUACGUGAAAUCCUACGGAACCAGCCAGCAAGAUUUAAAAACUAUGCAGAAUUAACCAUUAUGAAAACAUUGGAAGCUCAUAAAGAUUCCCACAAAGAGGUGGUUAGAGCUGCAGAAGAAGCUGCUUCCACUUUGGCAAGCUCCAUACAUCCUGAGCAAUGCAUCAAAGUACUCUGCCCCAUCAUCCAGACAGCUGACUAUCCCAUCAAUCUAGCUGCUAUUAAGAUGCAAACAAAGGUGAUAGAAAGGAUCACCAAGGAGUCUCUACAUCAACUUCUCCCAGAUAUCAUUCCUGGGUUGCUUCAGGGCUACGACAACACAGAAAGCAGCGUGCGUAAAGCAAGUGUGUUUUGCUUGGUAGCAAUUUAUUCUGUAAUUGGAGAGGAGCUGAAACCCUACCUUGCACAGCUCACGGGAAGUAAGAUGAAAUUAUUGAAUUUGUAUAUAAAAAGGGCCCAGACGACAAACAGCAACAGUAGCUCAUCGUCAGAUGUAUCAAGUCACAGCUAACGGAUUGCAGCCAUGUUUCUUUAGACAGAUGAAGGCGUGCAUCUUUAGAGACCUUUCUGCUCAAUUUUUGAAAUUCACGGGCCCCUGGAGUGAAAAAUUGCUGCACAUCAGUGUUUGUUCUUAAGUAAUAUAUGCAGUUGCUUAGCUUUAAUCUUACAGCUGUGACUUAAUCAUAACGUGAUGCCUGUUUAACAUGUGACCUAAUGAAUAGAAGAAGGCCUUGUAGUGUCUUCGGACAGUCCAGUGGUGAUGUCAAGUGAUGCAGCACUGAUCCUAGGUUAGAAUUUUGUCAUCUUUAAAUUUAAAGUAUGUAAUGUACAUACUUGUAUGAGUAUUAUUCCACAAGAUAUUCUUUUAAGUAUUAUAUAUUAGCAAAUCACUGUUAUUAAAUUUCAAAAGUAAUACCGUUGCUAGUAUAUCCUAGCAGCUACUUGAUUAGACCUGCCAAGUCGGUUGCUAAGGCAAGUGAUCUCUCACUGGACUGGACUUUCACUACUGCAGAGGACUACAGACUUUUUUUGCAAGUUCUGUCAGUAUUCAUUUUUUUAUUUUAUUUUUGCAAUGCAUUGAAGAACAUGUGUUCUCUACCAAGUGGAGGCUUUUUUGCAUGGCAACACAAAAAAGGCAUGAUUGUGCUUUUUGGGCAUCUGUAAGACUACCAUUUGGUGGAAAGUUCAGAAGCUAUUGUAUUAUACACCUGUUUUUUUGUUUUUUUUCUCUCAUACUUUCUCUUAUUUGAUCACUUUCUUUUCCAACACCCUUGACAUUACUUGUCUUCAAGUUGGAAGUACAGGAGGUGGUGUGUUGUAUGUCUUUGCCAGACUUUUGUCAUCCCUGUCAUUGAAAUGAGUGUCCAUGUCCUUCCUUGGCAGGAACUGAGAGAGCUCAUCAAAAUAUUGUAGCCGAGAUGAAAGUCAACUGAGAGUGAUAACUUAGUUUCCUCUGCGAAUCUACUGUUUAUGGAUCAUGGAAAAAUCCACUUAUUUCACCUUCAAUAAAAUGUUUUGAUUGGA